AUGGCCGAAGAUGAUGCCGAGAAUGCCUUUUUCAAGGCUCAGGCAAUGAAUGCUGGUUCGGAUAACUAUAACGGCGCUGAAAACCAGAACACAGAGGCCUCAGAUUCCGAUGACUAUGAUCCUUCCAGCACACUUCAAGAGCAGUAUCCUGCCCCCUCGGAAGAUUCCAAGCCAAGCGAAAAUGUUUCGUCAGAUACCCCUGCUCCAGAUCCAAACCCCCAAACUUCCCUUCCGCAAGAUACAGACCCUAGUCAGCCGGCUGGCAGUGGUCACCCCUCCGAGACACCUUCACAGUCUGGGUCCCAAGCUCCGCCUGGUGUCUCUGUUCAGCCGAAAACCAGAACUAUUGGAGGGUUUGUGGUUGAGGAUGAGGAUGAGGAUGACACGGGGGAUGCGGAUUAUGAGCCACCAGCUGUACUAGGUGUCGAGGACUUGAAUACUAUACCUUCGCAACCCAUUCCAGGAAAUGCAAAUGAAGCUACUUAUACCCCUGAUGUAUCAUCGGUUGAAGCUGUGCAGGACUCUGCCAGCACGAAGAAUGUUCCUAAUAGUUCUCUUUCUUCUGUUACUGUCGCUUCUAAAAAUGAUGGCUUAGGCCACAACCUGUACAACUCACGUACAUCUUUGCAGCCCGAAAUCAAUCGAGAGAGCGCUACAGCCACUCCUAUGCCGGAGUCUCCCUCUACAACCAAGGGUCGCCUGCCACAUGAUCGAGUUGGGAUACUGGAAGACAGAAUCCAAGAAGAUCCCCGAGGUGACAUCCCUGCCUGGCUCGAGUUGAUUAAUGAGCACAGAGGUCGCAACAGGAUCGAUAGUGCUCGAGACGUGUACGAGAGGUUCUUGAAGGUGUUUCCAUUUUCUGCUGAGGUGUGGGUGGCCUACGCGACCAUGGAAUCUGAGCUCAAUGAGUUAUUUCGCCUGGAGCAGAUUUUCAAUAGGACGCUUCUCACCAUUCCAGCAGUCCAGCUCUGGACAGUAUACUUGGACUACGUCCGGCGGCGUAAUCCGUUAACCACAGACACCACUGGGCAGGCACGACGUAUAAUCUCGUCGGCAUACGAUUUGGCUAUCAAACAUAUUGGAAUGGACAAAGACUCUGGGUCUAUCUGGACAGACUACAUUCAGUUCAUUCGGUCUGGACCAGGGACAGCGGGAGGUUCUGGCUGGCAGGACCAGCAAAAAAUGGACCUGCUUCGAAAGGCCUACCAAAGAGCCAUAUGUGUUCCAAUGCAGGCCCUAAACACACUCUGGAAGGAAUAUGACCAGUUCGAGAUGGGUUUGAACAAACUCACGGGGCGGAAGUUUCUCCAAGAACAGUCGCCAGCGUAUAUGACCGCUCGCAGCUCAUAUGUCGAAAUACAGAAUAUCACUCGAGACCUCAAUCGAACAACAUUUCCCAGGCUUCCUCCUGUCCCGGGCUCUGAAGGUGACACCGAGUUUCUGCAACAAGCAGAAAUCUGGAAACGCUGGCUCACCUGGGAGAAAGGAGAUCCUCUCGUCCUCAAAGAUGAUGACCUGGUUGCGUAUAAAACCCGCGUCGUCUAUGUUUACAAGCAAGCCCUCAUGGCGCUCAGGUUUCUACCUGAAAUUUGGUUUGAAGCAGCUGAAUUCUGCUUCCUCAAUGACAUGGAGGCAGAGGGGACUGAGUUUCUGAAGAAUGGCGCUGAGGCUAACCCAGAAAGCUGCCUACUUGCCUUCAAGCGGGCCGAUAGACUGGAAAUUACUUCAGAGUCGGAACAAGAUUCUGCUAAGCGAGGCGCCAAAGUCAGGGAACCAUACGACAAGUUGCUGGACGCGCUGUAUGAGUUGAUCACGAAAGCUCGAACCCGAGAGGCUCAAGAUGUCGCCCGCCUGGAAGAAACCUUCGCAAACUCUAAUAAUGAGAAACAAGGCGGAACCGAAGACGACGAUGAUCAGAGUGACACCAAAGCAAAAGAAUCGGUCAAGAACUCCCAGAUUGAAGCGGUCCGAAAUGCACACUCGAUCCAGAUUGGAAUCCUAUCCAAAACGAUCUCAUUUGCCUGGAUUGCGCUCAUGCGCGCGAUGCGCCGUAUCCAAGGCAAAGGCAAGCCCGGAGAGUUACAAGGUUCACGGCAGGUGUUCGCAGAUGCUCGUAAACGGGGUCGCAUUACCAGUGACGUCUAUAUCGCAAGCGCCCUCAUCGAAUACCAUUGCUACAAGGAUCCGGCUGCCACAAAGAUUUUCGAGCGAGGUGCAAAACUGUUUCCUGAGGACGAGAACUUUGCCCUUGAGUAUCUGAAGCAUCUGAUAGAUAUAAACGACGUCAUUAAUGCCCGUGCUGUAUUUGAGAUGACGGUGAGGAAGCUCGCCUCAACUCCUGAUAAUGUGCAGAAGACGAAACCCAUAUUCGCUUUCCUUCACGAAUACGAGUCGAGAUAUGGCGACUUGGUCCAAGUGAUCAACCUCGAAAAUCGCAUGCGCGAACUGUUCCCUGAUGAUCCGACAUUGGAGCAGUUCUCGCACCGUUUUUCAACCCCUUCCUUCGACCCUACAACGUUCCGGCCGAUCAUUUCUCCUUCUCAGACAAGGCCGAAGACUGGAUACCCUGGAGAGCCAGUCAUGUCUCGCCAUGGCACUCCUACUUCUAGGUAUCAAGAACCCUCUGUUACACACUCGCCCAAGAGACCGCUGGAGGAUUUCGAUGACGAUCUAUCGCGACCCCGCAAAUUCGUCCGUGGCGAGUCACCACUCAAGACCACACAAAGACGACAAUUAGAUCAGCAAAAGCGACCACAGGCGGCACUUCAGGCGCCAACAGGGUCUCAGUACCGUUCCCACGGCUCACCUGCACCCUUGCCCCGCGACAUCGUCUACCUUCUCAGUGUCAUCCCCUCCGCGUCGACAUAUAACGCUGGGCGAUUCUCCGCGGAGAAGAUGGUCGAUCUUAUCCGCCGGCUAGACAUGCCGGGAUCCAUCUCGCAGAUUCCUUUGCCGCAAUCUGCUCGUGGCUUGGGAACAGGCCAGUCGACUGUAGGCGGGCAGCCCUUCUCUGGAAAUUACCGUUCGUGA